AUGGCGUCGCGAAUGACGUGCGUUUCCCGCUUGAUGCGGUCGAACCCCAUCGUGCCUCGUGGCCAUCCACGCUUACCUGCGACCUUACUACAGCCUCCUCGUCGUUUCGUCCAUCCAGGAGAAUUCAAACCAUUUGUGCCCCCUUCUCCGAAUUCAUUAGGCAAACCCAUCCCCGCAAAAACCUACACCCGCACUCGCAAAUGGCUCCGCCGUCUCGCCUACCUCUCCAUAGCCACCGGAGUGAUCUACGCCAUCGACACUCAGUUCUACGCAUCGUCACUGACGCGGACGGCUCGGACGUUCUCUCUCGGUCUCCUCGUCGCAUUAGACUACAAAAUCAACUUCCGUCCGAACCCGCCGUUCGCUGAAUCCAUCACAGCCCUGCACGCCCGCAACGCGGAACGACUGUUUGAUCUGCUCCGGCAUAAUGGCGGCCUGUAUCUGAAAAUCGGGCAGGCGAUUGCCAUGCAGUCUGCCAUAUUGCCUCCGGAGUUUCAGAAGAUGUUUGCCCGGAUGUUUGACGAUGCGCCGCAGAAUGACUGGAAGGACGUGGAGAAGGUGAUCCGGGAGGACUUUGGGAAGUCGGCUGAGGAGGUUUUUGGAGUGUCUUUCACAGGGGAUCCGACUAAGGGCGUGUUGGAGCGCAAGGCUCGGGCGAGCGCGAGUGUCGCGCAGGUCCACUGGGCACGAUUAGCAGAUGGGCGAGAGAUUGCCAUCAAGGUUCAGAAAAGGGAGAUUGCUCAGCAGAUCAAAUGGGAUCUGUGGGCUUUCAAAGUGGUUACUUGGGUCUAUUCCCGCACGUUCGAUAUCCCCUUCUACAGUUUGGUACCAUACAUAAGCGAGCGACUGUUCCUGGAGACGGACUUUGAGAAUGAGGCGACCAAUUCGGAAACCAUGGCUAAGCUGGUGGCCGGCGAGUCGCGUCUGCGAGGCCGAGUCUACAUUCCCAAAGUCUACCGCGAGCUCAGCUCGAAGCGGGUCAUGACCGCUGAGUGGAUCGAAGGAAUCCGGUUAUGGGACAGAGAGUCCAUCACGCGCCCGUGGCUCGGCGGUUGGCGCGAAGGCACCCCCGGAUGCCAGGGCACGCCAUUAGAUGCUCCCCAGACCGAAGAUCCGGUGGCCAAGGUCGCGAGGAACCCCAAUCUGGCCAAGAUCAAGCCGGAGCGCAAUCACUGGCGCGGCUGGAACGGCAAAGGCGGCCUAGGUCUGUCGCUGAAGGACGUGAUGACGACCAUGGUCGACCUCUUCUCCGCCCAGAUGUUCCUUUGGGGCUGGGUACACUGCGAUCCACAUCCAGGCAACAUCUUCAUCCGGCGCAAGCCCUCGGGCCAGGCGGAGCUGGUCCUCAUCGACCACGGCCUCUACAUCCACAUGGACCCCAACUUCCGCCACCAGUACGCGCGCUUCUGGAAGGCCCUGCUGGCCUUCGACAACCGCACCCUCAGCGAGAUCGCCGAGGGCUGGGGCAUCCGCAACUCGGACAUGUUCGCCUCCUUCACGAUGAUGCGGCCCUACCGCGGCGGCGACCUCUCCACGCGCCAGCACCUGGAGGGGCUCAGCAAGGUCGAGCGCGCCCAGCGCCACUACGAGAUGCAACAGGCCGCCCGCAAGGCCAUCCGCGAGAUCCUCGCCGACGAGCACAAAUGGCCGCAGGAACUCAUCUUCAUCGGCCGCAACCUGCGCAUCGUCCAGGGCAACAACCAAUUCCUCGGCUCGCCGGUCAACCGCGUCAAGAUCACGGGCAUGUGGGCGUCCCGCGCACUCGUCGAGUCGCCCGAUCUGCCCUGGUCCGAGAAAUUCGCGAACCUCGGCCGGCAUCUCCUCUUCCGCGUCGUGCUCUUCAGCAGCGAUCUCUUCUUCUACUUUACCAAGGUGCGGCAGUUCCUGCAUCUGGGCGGCGGCAUGGAGGAUGAUAUCGAGAAGCAGAUGAAGGAUAUGGCCAAGGAUAUGGGGGUGGAUUUGAACCAGAGCAUUUUCGAGGGCUAG